GUAGUCACCAAUGCUCCUACACUCAUGUUUUUGGUUUAUUUUCUUUUCGAUCUUGCGGUUUACUUUGGCAAAUUAUCCGUACUACGAUCAGAUUCCUAUCCAAACUGAGAGGUUUGGAGAAAAUACUACAGACAUGGCACAACUUCAGGGUGGUCAUGAGGAAUGCAAUGGAUACAGGACUGUUGCUUACUUUGUCAACUGGGCCAUCUAUGCGCGUAAUCAUAACCCGCAAGAUUUGCCGGCUGACAAACUUACCCAUGUUUUAUACUCAUUUGCAAACGUCAAACCAGAUUCAGGAGAAGUCUACCUUACAGACUCGUGGUCUGACUUGGAGAAACACUAUCCAACGGACUCAUGGAAUGACACGGGAAAUAACAUGUAUGGCUGUCUCAAACAGUUAAACAUUCUAAAGCGAAAGCAUCGCAACAUGAAAGUACUUCUUAGCAUCGGAGGUUGGACUUAUUCGAGCAACUUCGCUGCCCCCGCAAGCACGCCUCAAGGGCGCAGCAACUUUGCGAGGACUGCAGUGACCCUCGUCAAGGACAUGGGUUUCGAUGGAAUAGACAUUGAUUGGGAAUACCCACAGGAUGACAAGCAAGCUCGUGAUUAUGUUGAACUGCUACGGUGCUGCAGAGCCGAGCUCGAUGCAUACCAGCGCAGUCUGCCGCCUUCCCAUCACAAUCGACCUCCUCAUUUUUUGCUCACCAUUGCUGCUCCAGCAGGCGCCCAAAAUUACGACAAACUUCACCUCAGGGAGAUGGCAAACACUCUUGACUUCAUAAAUCUCAUGGCUUAUGACUACGCUGGUUCGUGGGAUCAGACCGCCGGGCACCAGGCAAAUUUCUUCCCCGACCAAAGAGACCCCAAAUCGACACCUUUCAACACAGCAAAGGCAUUGCAGGACUAUGUCCACAGAGGCGUCCCCCCCAAUAAGAUCGUUUUAGGAAUGCCACUCUAUGGGAGGAGCUUUUUGGCCACUGACGGGCCAGGAAAGCCGUAUAGUGGGACAGGUGAUGGAAGCUGGGAGCGUGGCGUAUGGGACUACAAGGCUCUGCCUCGUCCCGGUGCGCAGGAACAUUACGAUCGUCAGCUCGCAGCUUCUUGGAGCUACGAUCCCUCGACCCGGGAAAUGGUGACAUACGACACGAAGCCUGUAGCUGAGCAGAAGACGGCUCUAAUCAGGGAUUGGCAGCUCGGUGGAGCGAUGUGGUGGGAGUCGAGCGCCGACAAGUCAGGUGCUGACAGCCUGAUCGCAACCGUGUAUUCCGGCCUCGAGAGGUGCGGGAAGAUUGAAUACAGGGAAAACGAGAUCAACUAUCCGGUCAGCAAAUAUGACAAUUUAAGGUCGGGUUUCAGUGGAGAAGCAUGACGACUACUUAUGUUGAAAGGGCAAAAAUUCUUGACGAGUUGAUGAACCCCGAAAAGAAGCAAUCAUUGAUUUCGAUUCGUUAUCAUGACGACGAUAUAACUACACAUGUAGGUAGCACGUUGAGAUUUUCAUCAAGAGCAAAGCUGUUCGUUUG